CUUUCAGACAGUGUGACAGAUUUUCAGGAAGCGGAAGUGUCACUUGUAAGCGGAAGACGUACUGCCCAGAACAGCCGAAGAGCGAGGCAGAGGACGAGGAUCCGAUUUGUGUCUUUUUAACGAAUAAAGUCAGCGUAAACCGCAUUCACAACUCUAAAAAUGGACAAGAGUGACCUGGUGCAGAAAGCCAAGCUCGCGGAGCAGGCCGAGCGCUACGAUGACAUGGCAACAGCUAUGAAGUCUGUUACAGAGGGCGGCGUGGAGCUUUCCAAUGAAGAGCGCAAUCUGCUGUCUGUGGCGUACAAGAACGUGGUGGGCGCCCGCCGCUCCUCCUGGCGUGUGAUCUCCAGCAUCGAGCAGAAGACCGAGGGUACCGAGAAGAAGAAACAGUUGGCACGCGAGUAUCGUGAAAAGAUCGAGAUUGAACUGCAGUGCAUCUGCCAGGAUGUGUUGGAUCUUUUGGACAAGUUCCUCAUUCCCAAUGCUUCUCAGGCAGAGAGCAAGGUGUUUUACCUGAAAAUGAAAGGCGAUUACUUUAGAUACUUAGCUGAGGUUGCGCCUGGAGAAUCCAAGAACAGCACGGUAGACAACUCUCAGAAAGCUUACCAAGAUGCCUUUGAGAUAAGUAAGGAGGAUAUGCAGCCUACACACCCUAUACGGUUGGGUCUUGCCCUCAACUUUUCCGUUUUUUACUACGAGAUCCUCAACAUUCCUGAGAAAGCCUGUGAGCUCGCUAAGAUGGCAUUUGAUGAAGCCAUUGCUGAGCUUGGCACUUUAAAUGAGGACUCCUACAAAGACAGCACCUUGAUCAUGCAGCUUCUAAGGGACAACCUCACUCUUUGGACGUCAGAAAACCAGGGCGACGAAGCAGGUGACAACGAGAACUAGGGGAGCCUCACAGAUCUCCAAACACCCACACACAUCCACCUUAAAUACACAAAUGGCUUCCACCAACCCUCCCACCUCAUUCCACCCUUCAGCACCCACCCAUCUCAAAAUCCAGUUCCCGGCCCCGCUCCCCUAUACCUUCUGAAUGAUAAGCAGCUCCUGCAGGAAGACGCUCAGCGAAGCCCCCGUGGCUGGGAGGGGGCUGGGGCUGGCUCACAGGGUGGCAUGCUGACAUUAGAGCAGGUCCAGUGAUUUUGAUUGUGAAUUUAACAUGUACUGAUUAUCAAACCCUGUCCUUUAUGCUUGUCUGAGUGACUGUAAGAGUGUGUGUGCUGCUAACGGAGAGUAACUGUGUGUGUGUGUGUAUGUGUGAGAGAGAGAGAGUGAGUUGAGUGUAUUGGGGAUCGGGGGUUGUGAACUCUAAUCGUCCUUUUUCUGAUAAUUCCCUUUGUUCAACUUUAGCUGGUUGUGCAUUUUUCAUCCUCUUUUUCAUUUUUUUUUUUUUUUUUGUUACGAUCAUAUAUUUUUUUAGUAUAAUUCAUUGGUAUUUUCAGGUUUUAUUGUAUGGUUAUUAAACUGGCAGUUUAUUUUCACCAAA